AUGGCGGAGAAGGAAGGCGGGGUGGUGAAGAAGGGGCACGAGGAGGGGCUGGAGCUGGCGGUUUCUCUUCUCCGGGAAUUCGAGCUGCCGGAGGGGCUGCUGCCGCUGGCGGAGGUGGUGGAGGUCGGCUACGUCAAGGAGACUGGCUACGUGUGGAUCCUGCAGCGGAAGAAGGUGGAGCACGAGUUCAAGAUGGUCAGCAAACUGGUGAGUUACGACACCGAGAUCACUGGGUACUUGUUGAACAAGAGGAUUAAGAAGCUGAAGGGAGUCAAGGCCAAGGAGUUUCUGCUGUGGCCGCCGGUCAACGACAUCUCCGUCGACGACCCGCCCACCGGGAAGAUUCAUUUCAAGAGCCUCGCCGGUGUCACCAAGACUUUCCCCGUCCAGGCCUUCGCUGCCGGCCAGUGA